AUGGAUCUCUCACGGCAGGAGUAUCCGGCGUUGCUGGCCUCGUUACAGCCCGGCCAAGCCACCAAUGUCCUCAAUGAUCGCAUUCGUCUCAUCAACAAAGUCAAUUCGGACAUCGCGGACUGGCUCCAGGAACGUCGUCGCAUUGAAGAAGCAUAUGUUCAAGGGUUGCGGAAACUGUCUCAUCGGCCGCAGCUCGACAAUGGAGCCGCACUCGGCAUAUUUCAAAUCCCAUGGCAGCGGAUAGUCGGUGCCACCGAAACCAUAGCCUCGUCGCACGAGACCUUUGCGCAGAAGAUCGAAGAGGACGUAGAGCGUCCCUUGCGUGAAUUCGGCAGCAAGAACCGGGAACUAUCGUCAAUGCCUGGUGUGCAGAGUGACCUGGCGGCACUGGCGAAAAAUUUCGAAGCAGCUCAUAAGAAGGUAGAAAAGGCCAGAGAGAAGGGCCCGAAAGGAGCAGACAAACUUGCUGGCGCCGUGGCCGCGGCGGAAGAGAUCAGCCAGCAAUGGGACUCAAGGGCACCUUUUGUCUUCGAGCAGCUUCAGGCGGUAGAUGAAGGCCGCCUCAACCAUCUUCGGGAUAUCCUUACUCAAUUGGAAACCCACGAGACGGACCAGGUUGAGCGCUGCCGUCAGGCUGCUGAAAGCUGUCUGAACGUUCUUCUUAACGUGGAGACCGCGGAUGAGAUCAAGACAUUUGCCGCGAAGAUCAAUGGAGGACGGCCGGUUGUUCCGAGGAGACGGCCAACCUCGCCUCCCCCGGUAGCACCUCUUUCGCCUCCACCCCGCUUGCAGGACGAUGCUGCCAGCCAACUAUCGGAGCAUUCGGGCCCAGGCCGGUCGCUUCCUGUCCCAGAACCUCGGCACAGCACUCCUCUUGGUGGUCUCAAGAGGCUAGGGACGGUCAUGAACCGGCGUAGGAGCAUUGUUCAACCCUCUGGCGCGGGCCCUUUCUUUUCGUCCGACAAGAAACAUCGCAGCCCAUUCGCCUCCUUCAAGAGAGGAGAUUCACGCGAUAUGCAGAUUCCUGAGACCCCCCCAGAAGGGUCGGAACGUCCCGGAACCGCCUUGACUGCCCACGACAGCCAUACCGAAGUUCCCAGCAUCCCGAGCGAGCCCAACGAGAACGAGGGCUUUGCUGGGGUGGUGUCCAAUUCGAUGCCCCAGUCCGCACCACCCACUGCGAACGGAUCAGCGUCUCAUGAGCAGCAUGCUGAAGCGGGUCUCACAACCAUCAACCCGAACGAGUCGCGAGUCGACUCGGAGGGUUUCUCGGAACGGCCCGAUACCAUCGACGAAAUCACAAGAGCACAGAGGGAAGCAGCAGGUCUGGAAGAUUCAGGCAUGAACUUGACGAUCAGAGACCAGCCGAUCUUCGAGGACGAAGAUCAAGCCAAGCAAGCGAUGGACGACAUGGCUAAUCAGCUUCGACUGCGAGCCCAGCACAGUGGCGUAAGGCGGAAUGCUGGAACCUUGCGCGGCCGUCGCGACGUCCGCAAUACGGUCUUUAUUCCAGGAGGAGACAUCCCUGCCAUGCCCCCAGCAGUAGAUAGUUCUGCUCCUACUUCCCCAUCCUUGCAGACGAGGCACAUCGCCUCCCCGAGCAUUGGCACUGAUGACCACGCCAUGUCGGAUACCACAUCUAUCCGCUCGGGUCAUACCGUACAGAAUGCCUCGGGUGUUGUUUCACAUCCCGAAUUACACGAGCCCGGUCUGAAUGCGUCAAUCAUCGACACGGUUAGUGCGUGGUUCACCGAGGGCGCAAUAACCAAAUCUUUUGUUGUCGGGGAACUGGCGCUGGCGUACAAUGGCACCCCUGACUCGACCCCAUUGAGCACCCGGGUCCGUCUGAACAACUUCCAGAUCCUCGAAAAGGUGGCCGCAAACCCACACUUCAUCAGCGAGGAGAAGGACAAGGAUCAGUCGGAGGAGAAGAGGGGCGAAUAUAGCGUCAACCUCUCCAGCAUUACUCGUCCCUCGCCAACCGUGGCCUUCAAAUACCAGGUCCACAUUGACCCGUCCGAUGCCGCAGCCUAUUGCCCGGUUAUCUUCAAACCCGUGUGGAAUAUCCAAGAACUUCAGGCUAGCGUAAUCAUCUUCUACUCCAUCAACCCAUCGUUUACGUCUCCUGCUGCAGGCAGUUCGAUCACCCUCAGAAACCUGGUCCUGACCGUGAACCUGGACACGUCCCCCGUGGAAGACCGCGAGGUGGCUCACGCCACGGCUGCUGUCAUGUAUCCUAACACUGGGGCAGCAUUCCGUCGCAAGCAGUCUGCAGUGACGUGGAAGAUCCCCGAGCUGGAGGUCAAGGUUAAUUCCGACGCCAAAUUGCUGGCACGGUUCUCGACAACUACCAGCUGGCCCCGGAAGGGCAAGGUUGAUGCCAAAUUCGAGGUCCAUUCGAUUGACGACGGAUCUCGGCUUGGAAUUAGCGCAGCUCUACCUGCCGAGUCUACCCCCCAGAAGAGCUAUGACCCCUUUGCGGACGAAGAGCCCGGCACGCCAACCUCUGCAGCGCAGUCGACUUUCGAAUGGAAGGGCAUCCCGACAGCUCGAAAGCUGGUCGGCGCCAAGUACGUCUCGUCCUAA